AUGAAGAAUGAUUAUGGCAUGACAACCAAUGUACAGCACUGUGCCUGCGCUGUUGAUCUCCUGGGUCGUGCUGGAAGGCUACUGGAUGCUGAAAAUUUCAUUUUCAACUCAGGUUUUGAGGACAAUCCAGUUAUGUGGCGAGCCUUGUUGAGUGCUUGCAGGGUUUAUAAAGACACUGUUGCUGCAAAACGUGUUGCAGAGAAACUAAUUAAUCUUGAACCUCAGGCUGCUGCAUCUUAUGUUCUUCUGUACAACAUUUACAAUGAUGCUGGCAUAGAGUUACCAGCCAAAAAGAUCAGGGAGUUGAUGACAGAUCGAGGAGUUAAGAAGGAACCUGGUCUAAGUUGGAUAGAGGUAGGAAACAAAGUUCAUUCUUUUGUUAGUGGUGAUCAAUCUCACCAAAUGAUCCAAUUAAUUUAUGUUCGGUUGGAAGAAAUGUUGGGUAAGAUAAAGAAAAUAGGUUGUAUGAUGACUUCUGGACCUGAAAUCAAGGACAGAAAAGUGGUAUACUACCACAGUGAAAAGUUAGCUGUAACUUUUGGAAUAAUCAGCUUGCCACAAUCAGCUCCAGUGAGGGUGAUGAAGAACUUGAGAGUCUGCUCUGAUUGCCAUACAACAAUGAAGCUCUUCUCAGAGGUGGAAAAAAGAGAAAUAAUCCUAAGAGAUCCAAUUCGUUUUCAUCAUUUCAGAGAUGGUGCUUGUUCUUGUAGAGAUUACUGGUAG